AUUGACGAUAUUGUUACAAUAUUUCAGUCCCGUUUGAAAUCCACAUCGUCAAUAAUUUUUUUUCCAUUACACGUACAAUACUUUUGUCAAUACUCUCUAGUAUUGACAAAAAUAUUGAACGUGUAAGGGCCGCUAAAGACGGCAAAAGUAAAUGGGAUUGUUUUCAACCAGUAAGCUGCCCUGGUGUUCGUGAGACUGGCCGACAAGAACUCAAUUGCGUACGGUGCAACAAGUCAGAAUCAACCAAUCAGGAGCUGGAACAUUCUGACGUAAAAUUGGAACAAAAACGACCCCCUCUAUUGUCAUGUCUUGUCUUAGCUCUAGAUUAAAACCGCUCAAUAUCAAAGCAGAUAGAUAAGGCUGUGAAUCCUGAUAUUCGUUAUAGAUUGCUUAAUCAAUGAACAGUGCUGAGCUGUUCGAUUUUUUCGAAGUGAAGUCGCCUUAAACCAUUGAGACGGAGAAACCUAAACUAAUUAGUUGAUCACUUCAGAAACUGUGUGGGAAAAUAGAUUGGUAGCUCGAGCCUGGCUGGGAAUGGAACCAGUGCGCUGUAAGGAGCCUGCAGCCUGUCAUCGAAAUGACAAAACAAAAAAAAAGAAAAAAAAGGAGCCUGCAGACACGACUGGGAGAUCUGCGCGUGAUGUUUCAACAUCGAAUAAGACUCACGUAACGAUAGCGGAUAGUUGUUCGACUACUGUAGAAACUACUGUACCCAGCGCCAACGAAGCCUGCGUUGUCCGGACAUCAAUUCGGACUCUGGAUCAAGUGCGAAAAUUUUUUGCCCCGAGUGGUAGCGAGUAUGUCAAGAAAAAAGUACCGACGUCAAACCGAACCAGCAAGUUGAACUUUUCCGCCUGUUUAACUCAGGAGGCCAUGGAUAUCAAACUAUACAACCAGGGUUGCCUGUUGUUGAUUAAUGAUGGCCUGCUGGCGAAGGUGACCAUCAAGCAGCCGGAAUUGCUGGAUCAAACGUGUGAUUUUGAACAGGCGAAAAAAGUUUUACUCAACCAGAUUCAGAUUGUGGACAUGUAUUUCGAUGAUCUUGCGAGGGAAAGAACUCGUUUGCAGGCAGAAUUAGUGAAGAUCCUUCGGGAUAUCGGGAUAAAUUCGGCAGAGAACAGCGAGUUCGCUAGAGAUUGCAUCACAAUGCGGAGAAUUGGUGGAUAUGACGACUGCGGCUCGAUCAGUUAUGAGAGAGUGUGUAAAGACAUUGUCAAUAAUGGGGUGUUUUCAGUGAGGCUCACACGAAUCGCUAGUAGCCAGUACGAGGUCGAAAGUGCGUAUAAAAGGAGAGCCGAACUUUUGCCAUGUUUUGCAGCACAGCUCGAAACGGAUUCGUCCGACUUGAUUAGAGUUGUAAAACAAAUACGAUCAACAGCAGCAACGAUACACAAAGGGUGUUUGCUGGAGAAAACCCCAGAAUAUCUAUACCAGCUGAUGGUAGAAAUGUGUCCAGAGCGUACCAUGUUCAUCAGCAGUAGUGAUGUGGAGUUCUUUAGGAAGAUGAGCGGCAAUCUGCAGGCGGAUGUUUUUCGUGAGCCUAUUCAGAACUUGAGCAUCCGAUUUAUUAGAAAAGUGAAUGUGAUACAAAUCGACAACCUUAUUGGGGAAAUGCCACUAACCAAUUCGAUUUUUUUACUUCUCUGUAGAAGUUUGGAAGAACUAAUCAAUGAAAUUAGCGCAAAAUCAGACCUAAAACCGUCGAAGCUAAUUAGAUUCGAUGCAACUCGCUGGAAACCAGCAAAGAAACUAGCCAGGCAUAUUAAAGAUUUUUCAACGAAAACUCUUGGCCGCGAAUAUUACUUCGUGUUUAAACUGCUGACGCACUUCGAUCCUGCUUCGAGUAACGGGAGGCAGCUAUUUGAGUAUAAAGCGAAACUGUUGAGCUGUCACUUUCUAGCUGAUCCUAGGCAAAUUAUGCAAGAGUCGUACGUUUGGUUCUGUAUGCUAGAUGAUGCUCUUUCGUACAGUGCAACCCAAAACCAGAUCAACGUUUAUGGGUCAGUUAUUAAAAAAUACACUGCCUUAGUUGGAGAAGCUAAACAAGAUCAACUGGAAACGGUGCGAAUUCUAAGUCACUGUAUGAUACGCUUUAUUGCUCAUACCAUCACCAUCGAUUGCUCCGAACAGAAGCAAGGUACCAACGCAGCAAUCGACAGCCAGAUUCUGCAGAAACAACUUUGCCAACUCAUUCCGGAGGUUACUUUGAAUACUACAGCCAUAAACCGUUUCCGUGACCUGAUCAACGUCUUCAAUGCCUUUUGGAACCACAGAAGAGACAUAAUUACAACGAUCCCUUCGAAGAAUUGUCACUCAGACAUGUGUCAAAUUCCGAAAGCGCUGUUGGACAUACUGCUGGUUGCUUUAGAUAAAAAGGUGAAAGCAGCAGAAUUAUUGGAUUUCUGCCAAUCCUUCAAUAAGUUCCUUAUCGCUCUGAACGCGCUGUCAUUUGAUUGGUUCAUCAGAGACAUCCCCAAUGUGGAUUUGUCAAAGAUACUUGUGCUGCAAUUAAUCGAGGAAAUCAACAAUGUACGGCUUGAUUUGAAAAUUCCAAAGACUUAUCGAGUAUCAGAUCCGGUAAAGUUCGUUCAAAUCAUGCAAAUUUUAUAUAGCAAUAUCCCAGUUCCAAAGCACUACGUGAUUCUUAUCGUGAAAGCUUAUCUGUCCUUAGUUCUGCAGCAGCUGAAUAGGAAACAGUGGUCGCACAAGCAUGAUCUGUCGGAAUCUGAUCAGAUCGCAUCCGCAGGCACUUUGUUGUCAGGGUUGCGAAACAUGUUGCCAAGUAUGAAGCAUCAACCCAAUUUUUAUUCAUUCGACAAUUUUUUCACGAUAAAAGUGGAUCCCGUAACAUGUGCCGUCAGUAACAGCAUUUCUUUGCGCGAUUUCAACAGUCGAGUAUUAGAGGCGGAAUUCGAUAUGGCAGUGGAUGAAUACUUUAAGCUAAAUGAGAACUGUAAUAACAAGCGAACGCUGCUUUCAGCAUUCCAGCUGUACUCGGACAAGUUUCAGCAAUACAUGUCCUCUGAGGGCAGUACCGAUCAAAUAGUGCAAGAAUUGAGGCUUAGGUCGGAACAGCUUCAUUUUCAAUCGUGGAACUGGUGCUUUAAACAGAAGCGACUUCCAAUAAUCCUCGCCGGACUCGCCGCUCUCUGGUUUACUUCGAUUUACUACGACGGAGGCAAAACCCGGAAGCUACACGUUGUCCAGAUCUUGUGCCUUUUAAACCUGCUGGAGGUGGACGAUUCGAACGCAGGAGUGGCCAAACAUUUUGCGCAAGUUCUCCCAGGACAGGGAAAGACACUGAUGCUCGGGUUGACUGCGGCACUGUUGGCAUUAACGGGUCAUUCGGUUUGCAUCGUUUGUCGUAACGCGGAUCUAGCGGCAAGCGAUCGAGCUGAUUUCCAAAGUUUUUUGGAACUCUUGGAUAUUCGAGAAUGCGUAAGCUACAGAUCGGUUGAUGAAUUUCAAACAAAGGUGACGCUGAAAAUGAACGGCCAACGGGUUUUUCGUACAGGUUUUGCUUCCACUUCGAAAGAAUAUCCAACUAUUGCUGUACGCUUAUUGACAGGAAGCUUGGAAGACUCGGUGUUGUUGAUCGAUGAUGUCGAUCUUUUCGAUGAGUUAAAUUGCUGCAAGCCCUCAAUGGCGGUAAUAUUACCAGGAUUGGAUAAAAUACAAACCAGAAUAUGGGAUCUAACAUCUAAAAAAAUCCAUACUGCCGUUAUUGAGAGCCACAUUUACAAAUACAUUCAAUCUUCUGGCUUCGAGGAAAAAUAUCGUUGGCAGAUUUUUUUAACCAGGCCUGAUGAAUUUGAAUUAUUACAAUUCGAUUCUUGGUUUAGUGACUCAAUUUCACACACCAAUAAAACUUUCUUUGGAGAGCAUUUAAAGUCAAUGAUCAAAGGUGCCUACCAAGUUUGUACAUCUACGGGUGCUAGUGAUUAUACUCCGUUGUUCGAUUACUUAAAGAGGGAGGAGUUAAACGCAACCCUUGUAACAGAAGACAACAUCAACUAUGGAUAUUUAAUUAUACCCUUGAGUUCCAAUGAACAAUUCCUAACACUAGUUAAAGAGUUUCCACUCGUACUUGGUCUAUUCGGACGUUCUUUCCACGCAUCAGAAACAGCAACCAUCGAAAAGUUCGCUGACAUUAGGAAAUGGUCGAAAAUACCCUUCACGCACCAGUUGGACAAAAAUAUCAACGAAUCCGGUUGGAUGAACCGUAUUGCCGAUAGAGUUCAUGCUGUUCUCGAAUCGAAACCUUCGGUGCUUGUAAUUUUCUCUGAAUUGUGUUAUUUGACAAUGUUUCAAUCCGAUCGCGGUAAGCAAUUCAGUCGACUAAACAUUUUGAUGCAGAGCACUACUGAUGCCAAUAAACACGAAAUGCUCAGGAAGGUAGCCACUACAGGAACUGUUACUCUUGCUCUGAGGGAAACAGUGAAUGUCAGUGAGGUUGUGAAGGAAGUGUCUGGCAUCCACGUGAUCCAAAUGUGGUUUGCUAAGGAUCCCGAUGAAGAGCUUCAAAUCAAGAGACAAGCUGCCAAGGAAGAUUACGAGCUAAUUAUUUGUUCCAAUUAUUGUUCGUUGGAUUGGCAACCACAGCAUGUGGUGUACGAUAGCCUGAGUGAAGCCAAAACUAAAUGGUGUGAGCGGAGUUUUACAGCAGCAUUGAAAACCCUACAAAAUAGUAAAAUUGAUAAAUGGGAAGAUUGUGCACAAUCAUUGUUAGAGAAUGUUCGUUUUGAUAGCCAAUAAAAAAGCAUUAGGACUCGAAAA